AUGAGAAAUUUUGAAAUUACCAACACAAUUAAUAAACGUGCUCACUUUUACAGAAUGUGACUUUAUUAGUGCAAAAGUAAACAUUUGAUGCAAGCAAGUACUGAAUGGUAAAGUCGUGUUGGUGUCACAUGUAGUUAUGACAAGUGUCCACUAGAGGAGGCUAGAGACCGUGAUUCUGUCAAAACAUAUUCGGUUGGUCUGGACUCCUCCCAGGCAGGAGGGUGACAUUCCCAACCAAGUGAGACAAAGAGAUCACGCAGUGAGAGAGAAGACCUCGACACGCAUUUUUUACUGCACUGUCUGCUGACAUAUUUCUUCUAUUUUGGAUAUACAUUUUCGUACAGUAUUUGGCCAUAUUCGGUAUAUGCCUUACGUGGAUAUAUGGAACGAUGAAUGCUGCAGGAAGAUGGAGAUCAGUGCGGAUAUUUGUGCUCUUUGUGCUGCUGGAGUGUUACUGGGAAGCGGUGUGCGGCCAGCUCUCUUACUCUGUGGCGGAGGAGGUGAACGUGGGGACCGUUGUGGGGAACAUUGCUAAGGAUUUGAACCUGAACGUGCAUGAGUUGGAGUCCCGCCUGUUUCAGAUCGUUGCAGGAGGAAAGAAGAAAUAUUUGGAGGUAAACCUAAGGACUGGUGUCCUCUUUGUUAAUGAGAGAAUAGAUCGAGAGGAACUGUGUGGAGACCAAUCCAAAUGUUCACUCAGCGUGGAGGCUGUGAUUAAUAAUCCUUUAAAACUGUACCGUGUUGAAAUCAUAAUAUUAGACGUAAAUGACAACAACCCGUCAUUUUCUAGCCAGUUUCAGUUGUUAAAUGUCAGUGAGAACACAGCAGUGGGAACUAAAUUCCUCCUGCAUCCAGCUCAUGACGCAGACGUCGGUAAAAAUACAGUACAUUCAUACAAGCUCAGUCCAAAUCAACAUUUGUCCCUUGAGUCACACAAAGGAGAAAGUGCAACACCAGAGUUAGUGCUUCAGCGGCUUUUAGACCGAGAAAAACAGCCUGUGAUUUCACUCACGUUGACUGCUUUUGAUGGAGGAACACCAGCUAAAUCAGGAACUAUGACUAUUGUUGUCAAUGUGUUAGACAGUAAUGAUAACGCUCCUGUAUUCAGUCAAAGUCUAUACAAAGCUACAAUCUAUGAGAAUGCUGAAAUUGGCACAUCAAUAAUAACAUUAAAUGCUACUGAUUUAGAUGCAGAACAAAACGGACAUGUGUUCUAUUUUUUUAAUGCAGGAGGAAGGGAGAAACAAACAAAUAUGUUCUCUAUUGAUGAAAAAACCGGAACGGUAAGAAACAAAAAAAAUAUUGAUUUCGAAGAAACAAAUGCAUUUGAGCUUAGAGUCCAAGCUAGAGAUGGAGGCUCUUCCCCCUUAACCUCUCACACCAAAUUAUUAAUAGAAGUUUUGGAUGUCAAUGACAACGCCCCUGAAAUUUCAGUGACAUCAUUGUUAAACACAGUGAAAGAAGAUGCAACGAUUGGAACUGCCAUUGCAAUUGUCUCUGUGUUGGACAAAGAUGCAGGUAAAAAUGGUUUGGUGCACAGUCGAAUUAACAACAAUGUGCCUUUUAAACUGGAGUCAAAUUAUAAAAAUUCCUAUUCCUUAGUUGUUGAUGGUUCUCUUGACAGAGAGACUGUAUCUAUGUACAAUAUUAGCAUCACUGCAAAUGAUGAAGGAAGUCCACCUCUGUCCAGCACCAGUCUUAUUAAUGUGCACAUCUCAGAUGUUAAUGACAACCCGCCUCACUUCUCAGAGCCAAUCAUUAAUGUUUACAUCAAAGAAAAUAGUUCACCUGGAUCAGUAAUACAUAAAGUCACCGCAGUUGAUGACGACAUUGAUCAAAAUGGGCAAGUGAGUUAUUCAUUUGUACAAAGUAGCACUGACUCCAUGCCUCUAACUACAAUGAUAAACAUCAACUCAGAGAGUGGAGAUAUAGUCAGUUUGCAGUCGUUUGACUAUGAGAAGUUAAAGACGUUCCAGUUUAAAGUUCAGGCCACAGACUCUGGUGUUCCUCCGCUCAGCAGCAACGUGACUGUCAAUGUUUUUAUCCUGGAUGAGAAUGACAACAGUCCCACCAUUCUGGCGCCAUAUUCUGAGCACAGCUCCGUUAACAGUGAGAGCAUCCCCUAUUCUGCUGAAGCGGGAUACUUUGUGGCAAAGAUCAGGGCUGUAGACGCAGACUCUGGAUACAAUGCACUGCUCUCCUAUCACCUGUCUGAGCCCAAAGGCAACAACAACAAUCUCUUCCGGAUCGGAACCAGCACCGGGGAGAUCCGCACCAAGAGGAGAAUGAGUGACAAUGACCUGAAAAGUCACCCCUUGGUGGUGUCGGUGUGUGAUCAUGGAGAAGCCUCCCUGUCAGCUACUGUGUCUAUUGAUGUGGUGGUGCUUGAAAGCACAGCUGACAUCCACACUCAGUUCAGACAUGUGCCCAUAAAGGAGGAGAACUUCUCCGACUUACACCUGUACCUGCUCAUCGCCAUUGUGGCCGUGUCACUCAUCUUUCUGCUCAGCCUCAUCACUUUAAUAGCCGUCAGAUGCCACAGACAGACAGACGGCACUUUCGGCAGGUACGGCGCCCCGAUGAUCACCACCCAUCCUGACGGGAGCUGGUCUUACUCCAAAGCUACUCAGCAGUAUGACGUGUGUUUCAGCUCAGACACACUCAAGAGUGACGUAGUGGUUUUCCCCGGACCUUAUCCACCUGUAGAUGCUGAACUGAUCAGUAUUAAUGGAGGAGACACCUUUAGCAGGACUCAGACUUUACCUAACACCGAUAAGGUAAGCAAAAUGUAUUGAUUCAGAUACUCUCUGAAAUGUAUACAUUUACACAGUACUUAAAGUAUAAUGGCCUAGCUCUAGGUUCACAUCAAUUGUGUGUUGAUUGUGGCUCUACUGAUGACUCAUGGAUCUGGACUUCAUUGUGAAAUGUGCAAAAUAUGUUGUGAGAAAAUUUGAAGUAGCAGGCAGGUGUGGUAAUCUUAUUAGUGUCAUUGCUGUGGCUCAGAAGACAUGUGUUCCUUGUGUAUUGAUUGUU